UUCCCCAAAGGACACCUCCAGAGCGACCACAUACUGUACAUCACUGCGACAACAGAAUGAAGAUGUCUCUGGGAGUCGUCGUCCUCUGUGUCCUGACACUCGUAGAACUGAGCGAUGAGGCUGUGUAUAAAAAGCUCAGUUCAGUUGAUGAUUUGAAAAGUGUUUAUUCAGAGAAAUAUCUGCCGAUGCACAACCUCAUCCUGCUCCACUGGUUUGCCAACACAGUUAACAUAAAUAAUAACAAUGUUGUACAUCUGACUUAUGACCCAAGUAGAGAUUUUGGUUCCCACUACUAUGGAAACUGUGACGAAAUGCUGGCCCCAGUUCCUCAGGGAUACCAGUACUACACAGUGGGCAAUCUGAAUCCACCCAAUGGGAACUUUCCUCCAUAUGUUCUUUACCCUCAAGUUAUAGAGUAUGCAUGGAUGGGUCGAAACAGAGAUCGCAUCAUUGUCCAGGCUCAAACUGGUGGAUCUCACAGGGUUAGCCAAAUGUACCUCACCAAACACUUCACAAAGCCCAGUCAGUGCUCCAGGUAUGACCCAAACUACACCUUUGAACUAUCCACUGAUCUGCUCCAACAACUCAGACUCUUUUCAUUCACCAACAACUCGCAAACACUGCAGCAGCUCAGGGAUCACUUUGAAGAGAACAUUGAUGACACCCAGUUAAAUGACCUCAUAAACAUCUGGGGUAGUGCCCAAGCUCGCCUUGGACUGCUGUUCCUGAUUGUAACACCACAAAGAGCCAACAUGAUUGGACUGUGCAAACAAAAGAGUUUUCUGGUUACAGAUUCAGCAGUGGACAUAACAGAUGAUUGGCAGAACUGUGAACUGCAACAGAUGCAGCUUGAUGUGAAAACUGGAGACAAUGGAAAAGCCAAGAUUGUUUGGAGAAAUGUUCCUCAGAACCAGAUAAAUGAUGGAGCAGCCAUGGUGCUUUUCAACAACCAGAUAGACCAGAAGAAUAAUAUCACAUAUAAAGUAAUCCAGAGCAGCGAGGGGAGUUUGACACCUUAGUGCCCUUGAACGAGGGGCUGCAGGUUCGGCUGCACAAAGUACAGGGUUAUUUGAUGAAAGAAGAAGUUUGCAGAAGUCAAGAAUUUGAAAGCGCAGAUGCUGUUCCAAUCUGUGGCAACCAGGCUAAACUGCAGCUUAAUACAAAAAAUGGAAAAUUCUGUUUUAUGCUCUACAUUGAGAAAAGAUUCCAACAGUGGAUAUCAGGUUUUUGUUAUUCCUGGGUAGGACUGUACAAGUCUCCUAAAGAUAGCCCACGUGACUAUCUGUCUGGUCAGUGGCAAUGGACAAUCAAAUUUAAACAAAGCCCAGACACUGAUGAUUUUGAAACCUAUUUUUAUUGCACAGGUACGGCAGUUACUUCAGGUUACCAAGCUCGAUUUAUGAUCAGUGAUUACAACGAAAUAGCACGCACUCCACCAUGGCCUUGACCAGAAGACAGAACCAAGCCUCCCAACCAUUAGAAAUAUAUAUAUAAAAAUUGAUUUAUUUUGAUGAUAUCACUCCUGAUUAAAUCAUAUUCUGUAUUUCACCAUGAAUGAGCUGGUGAAUAACUCCAUUUUGGAUGUUUGCUGAUCUUUGUUUGCUUUUUUUUAAUCUCUUUUUUGUUUUCUUUUUAUUUGUAGACU